AUGGACGAUUUGGUGUCGAUAGAAAAACCUCUUGUUGUGCUGGGCUGUGCAUACUUGUCAUGGAAGAUUGUCAAACAUAUAUGUAGCUUUUUGAAUGUAGAGAAAGAACCCCUUACAGUACUUGUCACAGGGGCUGCAGGCCAAAUAGGAUAUGCCCUUGUACCCAUGAUAGCAAGAGGGGCAAUGUUUGGCCCUGACCAACCAGUCAUCAUACAUAUGCUCGAUAUCGAGCCAGCAGCCGAGCCACUAAAUGCACUCAAAAUGGAACUAAUUGAUUCUGCUUUUCCCCUUCUUAGAGGCAUUGUUGCCACGAGUGAUAUCGUUGAACCUUGUGACGGUGUGGAUAUUGCGAUUCUUUUGGCUGGUUUUAGACGCAAGGAAGGUAUGGAGAGGAAGGAAGUGUUGUCAAAAAACGCGUCGAUUUACAAGGCUCAGGCCUUGGCUCUGGACCGACACGCCUCCCCUGAUUGUAAAGUUUCGGUGGUGGCUAACCCAGCCAACACAAAUGCACUCAUUUUGAAAACAUUUGCUCCCACAAUCCCAGAGAAGAACAUCACCUGCUUGACGAGGCUCGAUCAUAAUAGAGCUCUUGCCCAGAUUUCCGAGAGGUUGAACGUUCACGUGAGUGAGGUCAAGAAUGUGAUUGUGUGGGGAAAUCAUUCAUCCACUCAGUUUCCGGACGCAAAUCAUGCCAUCAUCACAACCUGCACUGGGGAAAAACCCGUAUCACAACUCAUAGAUGAUGAUUAA